AUAUUAUAUUGGAAUUAAUUGUUAUAAGCCCUGAAUAUGGACGCCCAUGGGAACUUGGCUAUUGCAUAUAUAUACACACCCACACGUACAUGGAGUUACCUACCUCUCCUUUAAAAUUCCAUUAUUGAAGCUUUUCCUUUGAGAAUACAGCAAUGGCGAGGCAAAGUUACGAACAGAGAAAGACAGGAACGGAGUCAGCUGCAGAGGCAUCCAAGGAGCUGAAGCGAAAGAAACGCAUGAAAUUGGUGGUAUACGUAGCAGCUUUCGCCAUUUUCCAGACUAUUGUCAUCUUGAUUUUUUCACUUACAGUGAUGCGUAUCAGAAACCCCAAGUUCACUCUCACCUCUGUCACCGUCGAGGAUCUCACGGCAGCCCCUAGCCCUGUUUCCUUCAACAUGAAACUCAGCGCCCAAGUUGUCGUCAAGAACUCAAACUUCGGCCACUUCAAAUUCGACAACACCACCAUUUGGUUCGAUUACGGGGGAGUUGGAGUUGGGGAGGCAUUUGUUGCAAAAGGAAGAAGCAAGGCAAGAUCCACGAAGAAGAUGAAUGUGACCGUGGAGUUGAACUCAAACAAUAUACCCAAUAAUUCAAGCUUGGAAAGUGAGAUUAAAGCAGGGUUUCUGGCACUGACAGGCCAUUCCAAAUUGAGUGGGAAAGUGCAGUUGAUGAAAUUGAUCAAGAAAAAGAAAUCUGCAGAAAUGAACUGCGCCAUGCUAGUCAACUUAGUGACCAGAGCUGUCCAAGAUAUCAACUGCCAAUGAAGUCGAGCUUUGCAACAUCUACAGUACUUUUACAGCGUUGAGGCUUAUUUAUAUAUCAUACUAUAUAAAUAAACUUGUUAUUCUUUACUUUUUUUUCUUUUAUCUGUAUCCAUUUGUGGAUUUAUUGAAUACUUAUAUUUAUAAGAUUGUUUUAGUAUAUGUGGAUGUCUAUAAUGUUGAUUAGUGUCAUAGCUUGCGUCCUUG